CUUUCAUAGCAACAUUCCAACUAAGAAUUUUAGUCUUAGAAAAAUUCAAAAUGGCCAAGCUUGUAAGCUUUGUUUUUGUUCUUUCCCUUCUUGCCUUUGCUCCACUCUGUUUCUGUGGCAGAAAUAAUGGUGGCUUUGGCUCUCUAUACCCACAAUAUUAUGACCAUUCGUGCCCCAAAGCUAAAGAAAUAGUGAAAUCCAUUAUGGCUAAGGCUUUUGCCAGGGAAGCUCGUAUUGCUGCUUCUAUCCUUAGACUUCACUUCCACGACUGUUUUGUUCAGGGGUGUGAUGCAUCUCUACUUUUGGAUAGUAGUGGAAACAUUAGGACCGAGAAGAAUUCAAACCCGAAUAGGAACUCAGCUAGAGGAUUUGAAGUGAUUGAUGAGAUCAAAUCUGCAUUGGAGAAAGAGUGCCCACAAACUGUUUCUUGUGCUGAUAUCUUGGCUUUGGCUGCAAGAGAUUCAACCGUCAUUACGGGCGGACCAUAUUGGGAGGUUCCAUUGGGAAGGAAGGACUCAAGAACAGCAAGUUUGAGUGGAUCCAACAAUAACAUUCCAGCUCCAAACAAUACUUUCCAAACCAUUCUCAAUAGAUUCCAAAAUCAAGGCCUUGACAUUGUUGAUCUUGUUGCCUUAUCGGGAGGCCACACCAUCGGAAAUUCAAGGUGCACCAGCUUCAGGCAGAGGUUAUACAACCAAAACGGCAACGGACAACCCGACAAAACCCUUCCUCAGUCCUUAGCGACGGAGCUCCGUAACCGUUGCCCGAGAUCCGGCGGCGACAAUAACCUCUUUUCCCUCGACUACGUCAGCCCGACCAAAUUCGACAACAGCUACUUCAAGAACUUGGUUGGUUUCAAAGGACUUCUCAACUCCGACCAAGUUCUCCUCACCGGAAACGACGCGUCGGCCGCUUUGGUUAAGAAAUAUGCAGACGACAGCGAGGAGUUCUUCGAGCAAUUCGCCAAAUCUAUGAUCAAAAUGAGUAAUAUUUCCCCAUUGACGGGUUCAAGUGGAGAGAUCAGAAAGACUUGCAGGAAGAUCAACACUUAGAUAAAAUUUUGUUGGGUUUCGUAACUUUCGUUUCCACAACUAAAUAAGUUAUUGAAAAUUGGUGUCUGAUUUUAUAUCAGUUUUUCUUUUUUUUUUUUUUCCCCCCCUUUUUAAUUCGUAAUAUAUGUUUUGAUUUUGAAGCUUUGUGUGUUUUAUUUAUCAACUUCACUGUCCAUUGCUCACUCUGUAAUAGACUAUAGUUAUUGAUUAUAAUAUGUAUUUGACAAUGCUUAUGUUCAAAACUUCAAA